AAACGGCUAACGUUAAACUGAUUCAUUCGAAACUCCUCCUCUUCAAGCAAACUCAAAAUCAAAGCUUGAGUUUUUUGGUUUUGGUUUUGGUUUGGUUUUGGUUUUCUUUGAUGUAUAAAUUAGAGUUUGUACAGUGACCAGUUAAAGAAACAGUUUUGUUUGUUUUGUUGUAAGUUUUUCCAUGGCGGAAGCUGGUCCGGAUACGAUUUACCUCCAUGGCGACCUCGACCUUCACAUCAUCGAAGCUCGUAGCUUGCCCAACAUGGAUGUCGUUUCCGAUCAUUUUCGUCGUUGUGUCACCGGUUGUGGAACCAUCAGCUACGGUCGUAGGAAGCCCGCAGAUCCCACCGACUCCGACGGUCACCGCCACCGCAGGAUCGUCACCAGCGACCCUUACGUCACCGUUAACGUCCCCCAAGCUACUGUGGCUCGAACGCGUGUGUUGAAGAACGCUCGAGAUCCUUCCUGGAACGAGCACUUCGUUAUCGCAUUGGCUCAUCCCGUUGUUAACCUCGAGUUUUUGGUUAAGGACAACGAUCUCUUUGGCGCUGAUUUGAUCGGCACGGCCAAAAUCUCCGCUGCCGAAAUUGCCACCGGUAAGACCAUUGAUGACUGGUUCCAGAUUUGUGGUUCCAACGGGAAGCCGCCGAAGCCGGACACUGCGAUUCAUUUGAAGAUGACAUUCACGCCUUGUGAGAAAAACCCUUUGUACCAGCACGGUGUGGCCGGAGAUCCGGAGCAGAAGGGCGUGAGGCAGACUUACUUUCCGGUGAGGAAAGGGCACUCUGUGAAGUUGUACCAAGACGCCCAUGUGAUUGAUGAUAUGCUUCCGAAGAUUAAGCUUGACGAUGGGAAGGUUUUCACGCAGGAGAAGUGCUGGGAAGAUAUCUGUUAUGCUAUUUGUGAGGCCCAUCAUAUGAUUUACCUCGUUGGCUGGUCGAUUUACCAUAAGGUGAGGCUGGUCAGAGAGCCCACUAGGCCAUUGCCGCGUGGUGGGGACUUGACACUCGGUGAAUUGCUCAAGUACAAGUCGGAAGAAGGGGUGAGAGUCUUGUUGUUGGUGUGGGAUGAUAAGACAUCACACGACGCCUUCUUGAUUAAUACGGUAGGAGUAAUGCAGACACAUGAUGAAGAAACAAAGAAGUUUUUCAAGCAUUCUUCGGUCAUUUGUGUGCUUGCGCCUCGCUAUGGCAGCAGUAAGAUGAGUUAUAUCAAACAACAGGUUGUUGGAACCGUAUUUACACACCAUCAGAAGUGUGUUCUUGUGGACACACAGGCAGAUAGAAAUAACCGUAAGAUAACUGCAUUUCUAGGAGGCAUUGACCUUUGUGAUGGUCGCUAUGACACGCCACAGCACAGACUGUUUCACGAUCUUGACACUGUAUUCAAGGACGAUUUCCAUAAUCCUACUUUUGCUGCUGGAGUCAAGGCUCCAAGGCAACCAUGGCAUGACUUGCACUGUAGAAUUGAUGGGCCUGCAGCAUAUGAUGUUCUUAUAAAUUUUGAGCAGCGUUGGAGGAAAUCAACAAAAUGGACAGGGACAGUGUUUUGUAAAAAAGUUGCCCAUUGGCAUGAUGAUUCUAUGAUAAAAAUAGGACGUAUCUCAUGGAUACUUAGUCCUUCCAUGCCUGAAUCAAAAUCUUCGAAGGAUAAAUCAAAAGCUUUGAAAGAUAAGACCGCUGUUACAAUUGUUCCCGAAGAUGAUAAGAAAUUAUGGGUUUGCACUGAUAAUGAAAGUUGGCAUGUUCAGAUUUUGCGGUCAAUUGAUCAAGGAUCAGUAAAAGGAUUUCCCAAAAUAGUUGAAGAUGCCGUGGCCAAGAACCUUAUAUGCGCAAAGAAUCAAGUAAUCGAUAGAAGCAUUCAAUCAGGAUACAUCCAAGCUAUCAGAUCAGCUCAGCAUUUCAUAUAUAUUGAAAAUCAAUAUUUUCUUGGGUCAUCAUAUGGGUGGCCAGAUUACAAGAAUGCAGGAGCUGAUCAUCUUAUUCCAAUGGAAUUGGCCUUAAAGAUUGCUAGCAAAAUUAAAGCUAAUGAGAGAUUUGCGGUGUAUUGUGUUAUACCAUUGUGGCCUGAAGGUGAUCCAAAAUCCGGUCCUGUGCAAGAAAUCCUCUAUUGGCAGAGCCAGACAAUGCAAAUGAUGUAUGAAGUUAUUGCACAGGCACUGAAAUCAGUGAAGUCAGACUUAAAACCUGAAGAUUACCUCAAUUUCUAUUGCCUUGGUAACAGGGAAGAUUUUAAUGAGGAACAGUCAACUACAGAUACUACUACCGUGGUCAGUGAUGCACAAAAACAUCGACGAUUUAUGAUCUAUGUUCAUGCUAAGGGUAUGAUAGUAGAUGAUGAGUAUGUUAUAAUUGGAUCUGCCAAUAUCAACCAAAGAUCUAUGGCUGGUACAAAAGACACUGAGAUAGCCAUGGGUUCAUAUCAACCCUACCAUACUUGGGCAAGAAGGAAAAAGCAUCCACGCGGUCAGAUAUAUGGGUAUAGGAUGUCCCUUUGGGCUGAACAUCUUGGGAAGCUAGAUCACUGCUUUGAAGAGGCAGAAAGUUUAGACUGCGUGAAGAUGGUGAAUGACAUUGCCCAAAAAAACUGGAAAAAUUUCAUGACUGACGAGUUCACACCAUUACAGGGCCACCUUCUGAAGUAUCCUCUACUCGUAAAUGAAGAUGGUAAGGUUGUUCCCCUGCCUGAUUGUGACACAUUCCCAGAUGUUGGUGGUAAAAUAAUCGGAGUUCAUUCUGCGACUCUUCCAGAUGUGCUAACCACGUAACCCGUCCCUACUUGAUGUUCAUAAAUGACUGUUAAAAAUAGCCAAAAUGGUGGUAAUUGGUUUAGGUUGUUAAACAUCAAAGCAGUUGAGUUUGUUUCUUGAUUCAUUCUUUUCUAUUUUUUCGGCCACCUCCCUCUAUUGCUUUCAGAUUGUAAAUUUGUGUAAAACAUAGUGAAAUGAUGGUACUUGGCGAAUGAAUGCAUCUUCAAACAUGUUUCAUGUAUUUGUAUUAUUGUGAAUUGGAGAGGAAUCACAACAAUAAUUUCAGUGUUA